UAAAGCGCGCGCGAUAAUGUUCUCAAAGAAAAAGAAGAAACCUCUCAUUUCGAUGCCUAGCAAUUUUGAGCAUCGAGUUCAUACGGGAUUCGAUAAACGCCAACAAAAAUAUGUCGGGCUUCCAAUGCAAUGGGCGAGUAUUGUGGGUAAUAAUCAAAUAUUGAAAUCAACAAAUAGGCCAUUACCAUUGGUGGAUCCAUCGGAGAUCACGCCAACAGAAAUAUUGGAUUUAAAGACAAUUGUACGACCGCAUCACAACAACAAUAAAGCAGAUACAACAUCAUUGAAUAGUAGCAGCAUAGCUGCACAAUCUGCUGCUAUGGGAGGUGGUGGUGUUGGUGGAGCAGGGGGAGUUAUGGGCCAGCAUGUCCAUGCAAUGGCAGCAGAUAAUGGUUCUGCCACAAUUGGCGGGGGUAUUAUUUUACCCAAGACUUCACAUGUGGCGCGAUCGAAUUCAUUGCGUAGCUCAAGUCCGCCCCGGGUACGAAGAGAUUUGAGAGGAAAUGCUAAUGUGCCACCCGCUGUACCCGAAGAAAGAGAAUCCUUGUCGUCGAGCAGUGGUGCAAUAAAUGCUAUGGUAACUGGCGGUCCAGGUGGAUAUAAAACACAACAACCACCUGGCACACAACAGGGAGCAAUGAUGACGGGAAUGUACGGUGGACAGCAGCAGCAGACAGCUAACGGCGGUGGUCCACUGGCUGUACGUACAGAUAUGGCUAACCAGCCUGGUGCUGGCGGCUCUGCUGUACAAUAUCGUCCCGGAGCUUCUUCACACAUGCAUGUUCAACAAAUAUCACCGGUGGGCUCAAUAGCCAGUAAUACUCGUUCGACACAUUCCCAUAUGUCAUCGCAUUCCCAUGGACAUCACAUGAACAACAAUAAUGCAAUUACAACAAAUAAUUUACCAAUGUAUCCAACACCUCAAGGUCAUGGCCAGCCACCAACAUUACCACCCCAUGGUGCUGCGGGUGGUCAUUCGUCGCAACAUAUGGCUGGCAAACAAUUGAGUAAUAAUCACCUAAUUAGUUCGGAUCAAAAUCAAAAUCCCCAUCAAAUGCAUUUGCACGGAAAAACGGCAUCACGGGCUUCCAGUUCGAGUGGUGGUACAGUGGGGGUGGGUGCUACAAGUGCUACUGGUGGUAGUACAGCAACGGCAGCAGCACCAAAGCAGGAGCCACGUUUAACACAUGAACAGUUCCGUUCUGCUCUACAAAUGGUUGUCUCAGCUGGUGAUCCACGUGAAAACCUCGACAAUUUUAUGAAAAUUGGUGAAGGUUCAACUGGCACGGUGUGCAUUGCCACAGAUAAAUCAACAGGUCGCCAGGUAGCUGUCAAGAAAAUGGAUUUACGCAAACAACAACGUCGUGAAUUAUUGUUUAAUGAGGUUGUAAUUAUGCGUGACUAUCAUCAUCCCAAUAUUGUUGAGACAUACUCAAGUUUUCUGGUCAACGAUGAACUCUGGGUGGUAAUGGAAUAUUUAGAAGGUGGUGCUCUAACCGAUAUUGUCACACAUUCUCGCAUGGAUGAGGAGCAAAUAGCAACAGUUUGCAAACAAUGCUUAAAGGCAUUAGCCUAUUUACAUUCACAGGGUGUCAUACAUCGUGACAUUAAAUCCGAUUCAAUUCUAUUGGCAGCCGAUGGUCGUGUUAAAUUGUCAGAUUUUGGUUUUUGUGCACAGGUCUCGCAGGAAUUACCAAAACGUAAAUCGCUGGUGGGUACACCAUAUUGGAUGUCACCAGAGGUAAUAUCACGUUUACCCUAUGGCCCUGAAGUUGAUAUUUGGUCACUGGGUAUUAUGGUCAUUGAAAUGGUCGAUGGUGAGCCACCAUUCUUUAAUGAACCACCUCUGCAGGCUAUGCGUCGCAUUCGAGAUAUGCAACCGCCGAAUCUAAAGAAUGCCCACAAAGUAUCACCGCGUCUACAAUCAUUUUUAGAUCGUAUGUUGGUACGUGAUCCAGCACAGAGGGCGACGGCAGCAGAGUUGUUGGCACAUCCUUUCUUAAGACAGGCCGGACCACCAUCUCUAUUGGUACCGCUAAUGCGUAAUUCAAGGCAGCAUUAAAUUAUGU